UUUAUGUAGAGAUUGUUAUUGUCCUCUCUCUCCGACUUCCGCUCUGCAGUUUGUUUGAUAUCUAAUUUAGUGAGAAAUGGUUUCGUUAUCUGUAAAUUCACUGAGGCAGGUGAUGCGGGCCAUGCUCGAUUCUCCUGGAUUUGAUCGUGUUUUAAGGAAGGUAGAGUUGGUUUCAGCCAGUCCAGGUAAAGUGGUGUGCCAGAUGAAAGUGGAAGAGGAGCACACUAACCGAGGAGGGACCCUACAUGGCGGGCUGACUGCCACUCUGGUUGAUGUGAUUUCCACUACUGCACUCUUGUACACGGAGAGAGGAUUGCCUGGAGUCAGCAUCGACAUGAACAUCACGUACAUGAAUGCAGCCAAGGUUGGAGAAGACAUCUUGAUAACUGCACAGGUUUUAAAACAGGGCAGAACUUUGGCAUUCGCUACUGUUGAUUUAACAAACAAAGCUAAUGGGAAACUGAUUGCUCAAGGAAGACACACAAAACACCUUGGCAGCUGAUUCUUAAUAUGGUUGAGAAACAUGGAAACCAUAAAUGUCUUUUAUAUGUAAGUAAACAUGUAAUAAAACACCACAAGAGAUUUUCAAAGCUUGUACUGUAUUGGGAUAUCUUCAGCAGUGUGGCAUUAAAUCAAUACGAACAUGAAUAAAUCAUGAACACAG